AUUUAACGCCUUUUGAAAUUACACAUGGAGACAUUUGACGUUGACACGUAUCAAAAAAUUCUGGAUUGUUCUUGAAAGACGGCGGUGUCCCUGCAUCCUCUUCGACUUAAAUAGAAAGCUCUGGAAAUAAUGUAUUUAUUCCAUUUUCCUAACCAUCUUAUUUAUCCGCUUCUUACUUAUUUAAAUGUUUCAGAGUCUUUCUGGCAUCAGCUUUAAUCAUCAAAGGCCGCAGCUUAAUACUGUUUUCAGAAAACUUUGAGGAUACAAAGAGGGAUUUUCGGUAAACAGUUGAAGCGCCAAAAUGAGCGACGGAAAAAUAGGUUACACAGUGGCUUCUGACAGUGAGGCGGUGAGUGAUGAUGUGGAAGGCAGCACUCCCUUUGUGGAGACGGCCAUCGGAAUUGAUGUGGGAACCUGCGAGUGCCGUGUGGCGGUGUGGAGGGAUUCAAAGGUGGAACUUCUGCAAAAUCCAGGAGGAGAGAGGAUGAUGCCUUCCUAUGUUCUGUUCCAGGGAGACACUCCAUCCACCGGUGUAAGCUCCAACAUUCCGUAUCAUCAUCCUCUGGAACUGCUCUCCGGAAGUGCGAUCUUCAAUGUGAAAAGGUUAAUUGGGAGGAUGGACACGGACCCUGUUGUGCAUAAUAGUAAGAAUUUGCCAUUUAAGAUAGAGACACUGGAAAUCGGUGUUCGGCCAUUUAUUGCAGCACUAUCUGGUGGUGUGUGGCGUUCUACCACUCCUGAAGAAGUUCUGGCUAUUCUUCUUGUGGAGUUGAGAGCCAUGGCGGAGGUCCAGCUGGGACGAGCUGUGCGAAAUGUUGUGUUGACGAUGCCUGUUUCCUUCAGUCGGUUUCAGCAGACUCGUAUUGAGAGAGCUUGUGCCAUGGCCGGCUUACAUGUUCUUCGGAUGAUGCCAGAGCCCACGGCAGCGCUUCUUUUGUAUGCUCAACACCAACAGAUGGUGCCUCAGGGGAAUUCAGGAAGUGUGUCUGAGAAGCUUGCAGUUAUUUUUAACAUGGGUGCUGGGUUCUGCGAUGUUGCCGUUGCUGCAACAGCUGGGGGAGUUUCACAGAUUAAAGCCCUUGCAGGGGCUGCCAUUGGUGGUGAAGACAUUUUGCAGAAUGUUAUGCGGUAUGUUGCCCCAGAAAUAUAUCCCCUUUCUGUGAGUAAAAGUGGAGAGGCAGCUAGAAUAGUAGGCAUGCUUCGAAUCGCUACUCAGAAUGCCAUCCACACACUGUCUUCCCAUGAUAGUGCUUCUAUAGAAAUUGACUUGAGUAAUGAGAUGAAGAUAUCCAAUACUCUGCUACGAAAUGAUUUUGAGAAAAUCAAUUAUGAAGUGUUUCAGAAGUGUGAGAACCUAAUUGCCCAAUGCUUACAUGAUUCACAGAUAGAUGUGGAGAAUAUAGCAGAUGUUAUACUUGUGGGUGGUUGCUCACACAUUCCUAAAAUUCGCAGUCUGCUAUUGAGUCUCUGUCAAAGCAAGGCUGUAUAUGAGGGUUUGAAACCACUGGAGGCAGCAGUAUGUGGUGCUGCUCUAGAAGGGGCAAUUGCAUCUGGAGUUUGUGAUCCUAACCUUGAGCUGCUAACCAUUCAAGCAACUCCUUUGAGCCUGGGUGUUAGGGCUGAUGGCACUAAUGUUAUCUCCAUUGUUCACAGGAAUGCCACUAUUCCAGCAAGCAAGGAUGCAUAUUUCACUACUAGUUAUGACAAUCAGUCUGAUGCUCUCAUUAUAGCGUAUGAAGGUGAAGGGAAGAAAAUGGGGGAGAAUCAUCUCUUGGGGUUUUUUAAACUGUCAGGAAUUCCUCCUGCUCCCAGAGGUGUUCCAUUAAUUAAUGUCUGUAUGGAUGUUGAUGCAGCAAAUGUGCUGAGAGUUUUCGCUGGUGUGACAAUGCCAGAGUCUAAGACCCCUGUUAUUCCUUAUGUUGAAGUUAGGAUGCCAAAUAUCGAUGAUGGUCAUGGGUGGGGCAUUGAAGCACUUCUCAAAAAGUAUGGUACAUCUCUCGACAUUUGCACUGCACAAAAGUAUCCUCAGAAGCAAGAGUAAAGGUAUGCAAUCAAGUUGUGGUCCUAGGAUUUAGACUCAGGGUGGGUAAGGGUACUGUUAAUAAAAGUUUGUGCUGGAGAUUGAAAUAAAUUUCAGAGGAGCUUCCAUGAUGUCAAUAUUUUUCUUGUCCAUCUAAACUUAAGUAUUUCUUCGAGUUUCGUAUACAUGUAAUAAUACAAUGCUCUUAACCGUGAAGUAAUAACAUCUAUACAGUGUUUGAGCCAUUACUUAA